AUGAAUGAAACAUAUUAAAGUCUGGUUUAAUAAUAUAUUGAAAAAUUGAAAAAGGUGCUUCCCUAAAAAGGAAAUUAUUACAAAGAGACCCUUUCAAAAUUCUAUGGAUAAGACAAAUCGUAUUUCGGAGAUCACAUUAUUGCUUUUAAAUAGGGAAUGCAAAUCAAGUAAAGUAAAAUUAAAGAAUUAACUUUAACAACACUAAUUAACAUAGUAUCAAAAGGGUAUAUUGAUGGAUAAUUAAUUGAUAAUACAUAAAACUUUUAAUAUUUUGAGACAAUAGAAAUAACAGAUGCUACAGGGAAAAAAAAAGAAUAAUCGAUUAAUGUGAUAGAAUCACUAAUACUUCUAGUAUAAUAAUGCUUGGUCGAGAAGGAUGAAAUAAUUUCAUUAGCAUUAAAAUUAUUGAUAUCACUUGUAACAAAUCCAUUUUGUAAUAUGUAAUAACAUGAGCUAACAAAAAUAAUUAAAACCGUUGUGUAUAUUUAUGCACAGUCAAAGUCUUAAAAUAUUGAUAGAUUAUGCAAAAGCAUUUUCUUAUAGAUAAUUUUAAUAACAUUUUAAGGAACUAAUUGUGAAAGCAUUGUGAAAAUUACAAUGGAUAAUAUUAUAAAUAAAGUUUCUGAUAAAAAAUUAUGCUAGUAUUGUGGAAAACAAGGUAAGUUUGAAUGUAGACAGUAGAAAGUAACAGUUUGUUCUUAUGGAUGCAAGAAGAAUAUUUAAGAGACCCUAGAAUUAUAAUAAAAAAAUUAUGAAAAUGCAUAAAAUGUCUUUGAUUUGUUAAUUAGACUUUUAUCUCCAAAGCAAAAUUAAAUAAUUUUACUAGAGGGAAUUUAUUUCAUAUGCGAUAAUUAUGAUUUCUCUGUGGAGAGUAAAAGCUUAAAUAAUUUAAGUUCAGACUUGUUAAAAUUUUGUUUAUAAAACGAAUACUAAUUAUACUCAUUAAGUUUUAAAAUCUUUUAAAGAUUAGCAUUUAGUAAACAUAAAGAAAUGAUUAAUUAAAUAAAUAUCUUUAUUAAUCAAAUUUAUCUCAGUGUUCUCGAAAACAAAAACACUACUGAUUAACAUAAGUAAACAACUUUAGAAUCGUUGUUGAAUAUAUUUCAAAGAAAGCACGCCUCUCUUGAGUUCUAUUUGAAUUAUGAUUGCAGCAUAAAGCAUGAAUUCUUAAUGGAAAAUAUUAUUAAUGCAUUACACACUAUCUUCUAACAAAAUGAAUAAUUCCGUCCAUUGAUUACACAAAUAUAUUAAGCAAUAAUUGUAGGCAUAGAAUAAACCUUUAAUGAAAAAGCUAUUAGUAAUUCAUAGUAGGAGUAAUAAUAGCCUUAGGACAUUGAUGAAACUGUAUUUAUAAACUAAUUAGAAAUGCAAAGACAAUAAAAGUAAGAAAUAUAAAAAGGAGUAGAACUUUUUAAAAAGAAUCCUGAGAAGGGAGUUUCAUUUUUUUUAAAGGCAAAUAUAAUAUAAGAUGAUCCAACUUCAAUUGCAAAAUUUUUAUUGGAGAAUAAAAGUUUACCAAAGGAAUCUGUAGGUUAAUAUCUUGGUGGCCAUCAUCCAAUCAAUAUCUAAGUGUUGAGAGAUUACACUAAUUUUUUAACAUUUCAUAAUUUGUCAGUUGAAUAAGCCUUAAGACAAUACUUGGAUUUGUUUACUUUACCACCUGAAUCAUAGUAGAUUGAUAGAGUUGUCUAGAAAUUUGCAGAUAAAUUCUACGAGGACAACCAAAACAAUUAGAAUUUUCACUUUAAGUCUAGCAGUAGCAUUUAUACUUUCACAUAUCUCUUAGUCAUGUUAUAAACAGAUUUACACAAUCCUAAGGUCGUUGAAAAAAUGAAAUUAACUGAUUUCACAAAGUUGGCAAGACAAAUAAAUGAUGGUGAAGAUUUGCCUUUGGAAUAUCUAACGAUUACUUAUAAUUCAAUUUAAAAGAAUCCACUUGCUGUUAGGGAAUCAAAUACAUCAAUGAAUCCACUAACUCCCAACUAAUAUUAAAAUUAAAUGGAAGAACUCUUAAAGAAGAUUAAAGAUUUAAUCAAGAGAUAAUCAGAUUCUAACUAUAUAUAAAUAGAUCAAGAAACUAUAUUAUUAUCAAAGGGUUUGCUAGAAUCCUUUUCAGGCAAAUUCUUAGAAAUUCUUUUAGUAACUUUUGAAACUACCCCUAAUGGCGAUGCAUUAAUCAAAAGUAUCCUAUAAUUAAUUAGGUUGUCCUCAAAGUUAUAAAUGAAAAUAGAAAAUCUAGUUUAAGAUGUUGUAAAGGUUGGCUUGAAUAGUUUAAAAAAAGGAAAUGGUAUGUUAAUGAUUGGCUUAUUGUCUAUAAUUCCAAUAAUUGGUAAUUCCUUGCAUGAAUAAGGAUGGAAAUGUGUAUUAGAAGCAGUAAGUUUAAUGGAUGAAUUAAGAUAAUUAGAUUCUGAUCACACAGAUAAAGUCUUUAUGAGUUCAAAAGAUUUAGAUAACUUAUCUAUUGAGGAAUUUAUUAUUCAACUAUGCUAAUUAUCAAAAUAAGAAAUCUUUAAUAAGCAUCGUAUAUAUUCUUUACAAAAGCUUGUUGAAGUUAGUGAUUACAAUAUGGAUAGAGUCAAAGUCAUAUGGAAUAGAUUAUGGUCUAUUGUAGGUUAACAUAUUUAAGAAGCAGUUGCAUUUAGAGUUAAAUCAAUCACUAUUUUCGCUGUCGAUUCUUUAAAAUAACUUAACAUUAAAUUCUUAUAGAAAGAAGAAUUGUACAAUAUUCAAUUUUAAAGAGAGGUCUUGAAGCCAUUUGAAAUAAUAUAUUUAAAUAGUGAUGCAGAUGAAAAAGAAUUUGUACUGCUAUGUGUUAAGUAAAUCCUUUAAAAUAGUAAGACCUACAUUAAAAGUGGAUAUAAGGUAAUAUUUAAUCUUAUUAAUCUUGGAUUGAAAGAGGAAAAUGACACAAUAUCUAAGUUAGCAUUUGAUCUCUUAAAAUUUAUAGAAAUAUAAGAAAUGAUACUGAUCGAUUUGAUUCAAACCUAUUAGAUCUUAGGUAAAAAGGAUAAUGAAUAUAUGGCAAUAAAUUCAAUAGAAUUUGUAAAGCAAUGCUAACGUUUUAUGGUAACAUAAGAGUAAUAAACGUUAUAAGUUCCUCUAUUAGGAAUCUUAUCAAAUUUGGCAGGUGAUAAACGAAUUCAAAUUUAAACUUAAGCUGUUGAAACAUUAUUUUACAUCUUAGAAGAGAAAGGCAGUUUAUUCAAUGAAGAGUACUGGAUAAUGAUUUUUUCUUCUGUAUUAAGACCUAUAUUUGAUGAAAUUUAAUUUACUUUAAGUACAAGUCCAGAGCUCAAUUAAUAUUGGUUUAAGGAUAGUUGCCAAAAGAAACAUUACACUAAAUUGAAAGGAUAAUUGGCAGAUUUCUUAAAAUUAUUUUAAAAUUGCAUUCAAAAUUAAAAUGAAAAAUUAGCACAAUUAAGUAUUUGGGCUUUUAAAACUAUGAUUAUUGAUAAAGGACUAUAAUUUGAUCAAAAAGAUUGGGAAUAGAUAUUGUUAUUUAUUUAAUAAAUGCUAAGAUAUACAAUACCAACUAAACUUAAAGAUAUUGAUUAAACAACGAUUAAAUAAGAAUAGUAGUUCAAUGGCAUAUUGAAGAAACAGAAAUCAUUUUAGAGUAUCACGAAUGAUAUCAUUAAUGAAUGCUAUAGUUAGUGUGCUUCCUAAUUACUAUUAAUUUAAACCAGUAAGGAUAUAUGUGAACUUUAUCAUUAGAAUUGGAAUUUAAAUUAAUUGGACAAUUUAGAGAAGACCUUUUACGAAUCAUAUCAAUUUGCCAAAGACUUUAAUCAAUAAAUAGAAUUAAGGUAUAAUAUUUGGAGAUCUGGAUUUAUGUAGGAAAUGAGUGUUUUACCUGGUUUGCUCAGAUAAGAAAGAGAGGCAUUUUCUUGUAUGAUUAUGAUAAUACAAUUUAAAAUGAAGAUGUUAAAAUAAGAAUAGUAAUAAUAAUAAAAACAAGAGUAAAAUGAACAAUAAUCAUAAGAAUAAUAGAUAAAGGAAUAAUAACUGAGAGAACAAUAUUAGAUAGAUUUAAAUAAAUAUUUAUAGAUUUUGUUAGACUCUAUUAAGUAAUUUAAUUCUAAGCACAUUUAAUUUGUGAAUCAAUAAUAGGAAGUUGUUGAUGAUAAUCCACUUAUUAAAAUAAAAUAAUAAGAGACAGAAAGGGAAAUGACGAAUCUCAGAACUCUGUUGGAUGUUUCUAUUUUGCCGAAAAUUCUAUUGCUGUGUGAUGAGGAGAUUAAAAUAAAAUUAAGUGAAUUUUAUGAAUAAUUACUGAAUGCAUGUAGUUAUGUCAGUGAAUACUGUAUUUUAUAAAUGAGCUGUUAAGAGUGUAAGAAAUGUGGUAGAUGCUUGAGUUAAUAGAAAAAUAAUUUAUUUUUUCAAAUUAAGAAAUGCUUACUAAAAUUGUUUGAGUUAAAAUGA